CACAUUGAUCUCCGUCUCUCUGGAGGAUUCAGAAAAUUACACUCAAUAUUUUGUAUUGAUUCGGUUAACAGAACUGCCAGGAGAGCUUGAUCCUCUUGAAUUUGUAGUAUGCAGUAAAAAAGCAUUUCUUUUUCAGAUCAUCUCUGCAGUGGAUAGCUUUUACAUCAGCAGUAUGCUCAGUGAUGUAAGACCAAGGAAGUGAAACACUAACGUGGUUAAUCCAGCUCUAGAAACAAGAAAGAGAUCAGACACCUGACGCUUUGAAAAAGACUGAUGUCCUGAGAAAUAGAUGGAGAGUGAGGGGAUACAGAAAGGGGGUGUGUCAGAUGGUGUGUGUCCAUGUGAAAAGGACUGAGAUGGGUACGUGUGUGUGUGUGUGUUUAAGAGAGAGUGCUAAAACACACGCGUGCGCAGCCACGGGCAGAAUCAAAUCUUUUCUGCAGCAGGACGGCAGGGAGAAGGAUUACUCCUAUUUUAGACUCUUUAUCCAUGCGUCCCAGGGUCAGAACCAGCACAGAAUGAAGAUAGACCAGUGACUUUCUGAAGUGCUAUAUUUUGGAAAGUGUGCCAGUAUGACCUCUCACAGUGAAACACUUUUGCUGGUCCUCAGUUUCUCACUGUGUGGUUGUCUGUGUGCUGUAUCUUUAAAUCAACCCCUGUCUUCCACCAACACGGAAUCAACCGCUAAUCCAGCUAGCAGCACAUCGUGGAUUACCAAAAUGAUUACGACUACCCCAAGCAUCCUAAGUUUAUACCCAAAUGCAUUGCAUUUAGAAGAGACCAGCAAAGACCCUCAAGGUCCAGUUCCUGUUGAACCAAAUCGCUAUGUUUCAGCCACGCAAGCAACACAAACCAAGAGUUCCUUUCCUGGAAUUAUUUCAGACAUGCAGAGAGACGAAGAGAGACCUGAAACUUCUUCACUGACAACAAUACCACCUUCUCCAUACUCUCAGACCUGGAGUACCGAGUCUGCUUGGAAAACAGAGACAUAUACAUCUCAAAUUCCUGCUGAACUGGGAACAUCUGAAACUCACCAGACAUUGUGGAGGUCCUCUGGUGUUGAACAGACACCAUAUGCCAGAGGAACUUUAGAUGGUACAAAUUUGCCAAGAGGGCUGAUAGACUAUCUGUGGCCAUCUGAGAAGACAAAGGAUUCGACAGAUGCACCUACAGGUGAUGACUGGCCAAAGUCUUCCACAACUCCAGACUGCAAUUUGGUUGGCACCGGAAUCUGUCAGUCCCCAGACUCCUUCAAGAGUCGUGUUUCAAGUAACAUGACUUUGUCAACCCCACCUCCUUUGACUGAAACCACACCCCCUGGUAUCAUAACCCCACCCCUUGAUGCCCUGACCCCGCCUGUUCUGGUCCCUCUGCUGACUGACUGGAAUGCUGCCAUGGCGACAUGGGGCCUGGCCUGGGAGUUGCAGGUUUACGGGCUUGGCUGCGUGUUUUUGCUCGUUGCUGUGCUUUCUGCUUUCAGUCUGAUGUGUUUGCCGUUGCGCUGGCCCUCUGGCUGUGCCCACUUUAGCCUCCUCCACCUCAUCCAACUCCUGACAGGUUCGAGCCGGGCCCUGUGGCUGCUCUACGAUCCGUACGGCCAAAAAGAUCGACUUCCAGCGGCCUGGGAACGACUGCUGCACGAGGCUGCCUAUCCAUGUCUCACGGCAUCUUUCGGUUUGCUGCUGUUACUGCUUACCGCCCGUUCUUGCACUCAGCUGCUUUCCCAGAACACCCUGCAGCGCAGCUCCUGUCUGUUGGCUGCGCUGGUGCUGCUGCACGUGGUUGUAGUGAUGGUUUCCAUGGCCAUACUUCAACUUUUUCCAACUCUGCGAGUUGUACCUCUAAUACCACCAGCAGCCUUUUUGUUGAUGUCCUUAGUUCUGUCCAUGACCUACCUGAUUCUGUACUGCUGUGCCCGCGCUGACACCAAGCACAUCUAUCGUCUCAGCGAGAAUUCCCCAGAGCGGACGACGUGUCACGCCAGCCGGUGUCCCUUUACAGAGGCACGUAUGUGGGAUAGGGCAACCAGGGCGGGGGUCUUCUCUUCUCUCUUUCUCUUGGCAUGUGGCGGACUCAGACUGUACGCUAUGCUUCACGCGGAAGGACUCACCGAUGGAGUUAUGGUUGGUUUGAUGCCUUGGCCUUGGUGGGCUUUCCAGCUCAGCUGCCGAGUGUGUGAAGCAGGUGUAUGUCUCACCCUUGCUCUAGUUAUCACUCACCCACUCCUCUGUUGUGGAGUUCCUCUUACUAAGCCCAGUGGCUUCAGCAUGCUAUUCAAAAAGUCACAAAUAGAGGGCGGCAUUUCUUCAAAACCCACCAUUCUCUCAAGUCGAUGUGGCUGGUCUCUACGGCCUGCAGAAAAGCUGGGGUUGUGUGAGGGCAUAUCGCGGCGAGAGAGCGAGAGCGUGCCGCUCUACACUCUGGUGGAGCUACCGCACAGUGAAUCGGACGGCUUGGACCUCCAUUUUCCCAGCAGCCCUCAGCACGAGAUCUCCAAGAAAAGCAAAACAUCUCUUUCACCAUCCUUUGCCAGCCUGGAUGGCGACUCAACUGUAGAUCUCUGCCCCCCUUCGCCAAUCGACCUGCGACGUAGCAUCGAUGAAGCUUUGAAUAGCGAAGCUCUCUUUCAACAUAGUCUCUUUGGCUCUUCUAGGCUCUCUCUCAGUACUCGUGCACCUCCAGAUGGACAGCCCUGUCGGGAAAACUCAACAGUUGAACCCAGCCUCUACCGCACAGCCUCCUGUGGGGAAGUGGACCCUCCUAGCGUACCCACCCGAACCAGGCAAUGGAGCACUAUAUCUGGGAGACCAACUCUCAGUGAUGGCACAUAUGGAGGUCGGGUGUCAGUCUAUAACAGUGGGUUUAACUCAACACAAGAGUCUCAGAACAGCCUACACAGCAGGUCAGGGCUCCAGAGACGAUACACAACCUUGGGUUCAACUUCCUCCAGAGGGAGUCUGGAUGUGGAGACACAUUCACAUGCCGAUGAGCUGGCCAUUCAGGCUGAAUUCAUCAAUGUGUGCAGGCAAAUUGAUGCUCUCAGUGUCACCAGUGAUACAAUUGAACUGUAGUAAAUAUUUUUUUUAUGGAGUCAAAUAGGGAUUGUAAUGUACAUUGUCACAAAAAACUCGUCAAAAAACUCUCCCUAGCUGUCACUGGGGUGGUACACUUUAAAAAGGUCCUAAUAUGUACCAUUUAGGUACAGAUACAGUAUGUAUACAUUUGGUAUUUGAGGUACUAAUGUGUACACCUGAAGUAGUAAUAUUGACUAUUUGGUACCAAUAUGUCCCCUUAAGGUUGUAAAAUGGACUCUUUGGUACCCAUAUGUACCUCUGAGGUAGUAAUAUGGACUUGUUAGUACCAAUAUGUAUACAUGAGGUAGUAAUAUGGACCCGUUAGUACCAAUAUGUACCCCUGAGGUAGUAAUAUGGACCGUUAGUAACAAUAUGUACCCCUGAGGUAGUAAUAUGGACUCGUUAGUACCAAUAUGUACCCCUGAGGUAGUAAUAUGGACCCGUUAGUAACAAUAUGUACCCCUGAGGUAGUAAUAUGGACUUGUUAGUACCAAUGUGUACCCCUGAGGUAGUAAUAUGGACUUGUUAGUACCAAUGUGUACCCCUGAGGUAGUAAUAUGGGCUCUUUGGUACCAAUAUGUCCCCUUGAGGUAGUAAUAUGGACUCGUUAGUACCAAUAUGUACACCUGAGGUAGUAAUAUGGACUCUUUGGUACCAAUAUGUACCCCUGUGGUAGUAAUAUGGACUCGUUGGUACCAAUAUGUACCCCUGAGGUAGUAAUAUUAACCAUUUGGUACCAAUAUGUCCCCUUAAGGUUGUAAAAUGGACUCUUUGGUACCCAUAUGUACCUCUGAGGUAGUAAUAUGUACUCAUUAGUACCAAUAUGUACCCCUGAGGUGGUAAUAUAGACUCUUUGGUACCAAUAUGUACCCCUGUGGUAGUAAUAUGGCCUCAUUAGUACCAAUAUGUACCCCUGAGGUAGUAAUAUUAACCAUUUGGUACCAACAUGUCCCCCUGAGGUUGUAAAAUGGACCCUUUGGUACCCAUAUGUACCUCUGAGGUAGUAAUUUGGACUCUUUGGUACCAAUAUGUACCCUUGAGGUAGUAAUAUGGUGACAGUGACAGCUAGGGACCAUUUUUUGACAAUUUUUCUAUGACAGUGUAGAUGAUGCACAAAAAACAUAUUACAACCUGAAAAAUUAUAAACAUUUACUUGGAUAAACUCAAAAGGUCUGUAGGAUUUUUUCCAGAAUAGAGAACAAUUCACUGGUGUAGCAUUGAAUUUCGAAAAAAUAAACGGCACAAAUCUUGAAAAUGACAUAGCAUAAACUUGUAUAACAGCGAAUGACCUCUGAAAGACUUGCUUUCUAUGAACUGUAUUUUUAGAAAUUGCCAGAGACUACACCCAUCUCAUACUUGGAAAAUAUCACAUCUAACCUUUGAAAAUGCCCGUAUUGACUUAAACUUCAUUUGCACUC